GGGAUCUCCGUAAACUUGGGCUUCUCGGCCUCAGGAGCCCGAGGCGUGCGCGGGAGGAGGGCGCGUGUUACCUGGGCGGAGGUGCAGGGCUAACUGAGGAUUCCCUGGAGCGGGGCACGCCACUCUCUUUGUUAAUAAACUUGUGUCCUUCCCAGGCCUCGCUUGCCCAUCAUGGACCUCGCCGGCACUUGUUCCAGCUUUCAGUCGGACUUGGACUUCUGUCCGGACUGCGGCUCAGUCCUGCCUCUGCCCGGAGCUCAGGAUACAGUCACCUGUACUCGCUGUGGCUUCUCCAUCAAUGUGCGGGACUUUGAAGGGAAGGUGGUGAAGACCUCAUUUGUGUUCAACAAACUGGGUACCGCUCUACCUAUGUCGAUGGAAGAAGGACCUGAGUUCCAGGGACCCGUGGUUGACAGGCGCUGCUCGCGAUGUGGGCACGAGGGGAUGGCCUACCACACCAGACAGAUGCGCUCAGCCGAUGAAGGCCAGACUGUCUUCUACACCUGUACCAAUUGCAAGUUCCAGGAGAAGGAAGACUCUUGAUUUUUAUUUUGGAUGACUCAAUCCAGGCUUCCUUGGAAGGUGGAGGAUAUUAGGUUUUUAGACCUCCUGGCUGAAUGCUUUGCUACCCAAAGGAAGCAGAUCAUCAUAUGGGGAAUACCAACUGUUCUCAGAGAGCUCCUACCCCUAAUUAAAUUUCCUUAUCAAAGUUAUAUUUUCAUACCCGAAACUUAAGAGUGUUAUAUCAGUACAAUGUUACUUCAAUAAAAAAGUAAGUUAUAUUUUCCAUAAGACCCAGGCAUAUGUAUAUUAUUUACAAUAUCUUGUUUCAAAAGGAAUUUAAAUGAGCUUACAGAGAUGUGUUUUGUCAACAAAUAUAGCAAGUACAAAAGGAUAAUAUAAAUUAGUACAUGAGGAAGAAAAAUACAAGUAUGAGAAAAUGGAGCCAAGAAUGAACCAAUA